AUAUAAUUUUUUUUUAAAAAAUACAAAUAUCUUCUGGAAAGAAAGAGUUGGGUGAAAGAAAAGCUUACUUCACGAGCUCUCUUCUUCCUCUCUGAACUUAUAAAGCCGAUGAUGAUGUGUUGAAGAGAUUGAUUUCGAAACCCUAGACCUAGCUGGAAAUUCGCUGAUUGAGAGUUUUUUUUUUGAGGGGGGGGGGGGGAAGACUUCACGGACUGAAAUUAGCUCUGCCUCUGUCGUCUUCAACCAGCUGUUCGCCCGCCAAUCCUGUGAUUCAAGCCCUUUCCACGUUGCAGUAUUUGUUGAUUAUAAUGCCGGUUCUAGCUUGUUUCUGAACUAAGGAGAUGGAUCGCGCGGCUCUGACGGUAGGACCUGCGAUGGAUGUUCCGAUCAUGCACGACAGCGACAGAUACGAGCUUGUCCGGGACAUAGGUUCCGGCAACUUCGGAGUUGCUCGGCUCAUGAGGGACAGGCAGAGUAACGAGCUCGUUGCUGUUAAGUAUAUCGAGAGAGGUGAGAAGAUUGAUGAAAAUGUGCAGAGAGAAAUUAUAAACCACAGAUCAUUAAGGCACCCCAACAUUGUCAGAUUUAAGGAGAUCAUAUUGACACCAACUCAUCUGGCUAUUGUAAUGGAAUAUGCAUCUGGUGGGGAGCUGUUUGAGCGGAUUUGCAACGCUGGCCGAUUCAGUGAGGAUGAGGCACGGUUUUUCUUUCAGCAAUUAAUAUCUGGUGUCAGCUAUUGUCAUGCAAUGCAAGUAUGUCACCGAGACUUGAAAUUGGAAAACACAUUACUUGAUGGGAGCCCAGCUCCACGACUGAAGAUAUGUGAUUUUGGGUAUUCAAAGUCCUCCGUGCUGCAUUCACAACCAAAGUCAACUGUUGGAACUCCUGCCUACAUUGCACCUGAGGUUUUGCUGAAGAAAGAAUAUGAUGGCAAGAUCGCAGAUGUGUGGUCUUGUGGGGUAACCUUGUACGUAAUGCUAGUUGGAGCAUACCCUUUUGAGGACCCUGAUGAGCCUAAAAACUUCAGAAGGACAAUACAGCGGAUAUUGAAUGUUCAGUACUCAAUACCAGAUUAUGUCCACGUCUCCCCAGAGUGUCGCCAUCUGAUCUCACGGAUCUUUGUGGCUGAUCCCACACAGAGGAUAUCCAUUCCCGAAAUCAAGAAUCACGAGUGGUUCCUGAGGAACCUUCCAGCUGACCUCAUGGACGACAACAACUCAAACAACCAGUUCGAGGAGCCUGAUCAACCGAUGCAGAGCAUAAAUGAAAUAAUGCAAAUAAUUACCGAGGCUACCAUCCCGGCAGCCGGGUCUAACAGCCUCAACAGUUAUCUCACCGGAAGCUUAGACAUGGACGAUGAUGAUGACGAGGAGCUGGGGAGUGAUUCCGACAUCGACAUUGACAGCAGUGGUGAAAUCGUAUAUGCAAUGUGAGAUAUAUUUGCCUAUAUAGCUGUGAGUGUGUGUGAAUAUUUUACAGGCAAACCCGUGCACUCCAUGCCUCUUUCUUUUUUUUUUCCGAACUGCGUGUUUUGUUUCGUUUUUUGUGCUUUGUGUAAUAUGCAUUUUCUCUUUUCUCAUCACACAGACAUUGGUGUACCCUGAAUCUCUGAUCAUAGAUCAUAUACUUUCUCUGUUGUAAUUGAACAGUAAUCCCUCUCUAGUAACCUAUUUGCUUCAUGUAAUUUGUGAAGGUAAACAUACAAAUAUGAGUGCAUAUAGUCUGUAUGAUUUUUGAAUUUAAAACAUAGACAUGUACUUGAAAGUAAAUUGAUUCAUAUAAU